AUGACUUCUGUCAAACCAAAUAAACCAGAAUUUGGAGCAUUCCGAACACCUGGCAAUCCAACUACAACUAGACAGCAGGUCGAUGAAACUAUGAUAGUCCUAAGAUUAAACCUGAAGGUAGAUAACGAGGGAAGUGAAGUAAGCAUUGCCAGCAAAAUCUUGGAAAGGCUCAAGCAAGAAAAAAGUUUCCUUGUCAUACUAGAUGAUGUUUGGGAAGCUAUAAAUUUGGAUGAUAUAGGUGUGCCCCAACCCCAAGCUCACACAGGAAGCAAGAAUAUUCAACCAAUUGCAAGGGAUAUUGCAAGAGAGUGUGGCGGUUUACCUUUAGCAAUAACUGUUAUUGGGGCAUGUAUGAGCGGGAAGAACAGGGUCGAGGAAUGGGUAGAUGCUUUGGAUUCACUUAGAAUAUCUGAACCUUAUGACAAAGAUGUAAUAGAUGAGGUUUACAAGGUAAUCAAGUUGAGCUUUGAUUGUUUAGAAUCUCUGGAUACUGGAAGCAAAAGGAGAGGUGACAUUAAAAGUUGUUUCUUGUAUUGCUCCUUGUAUCCUUUGGUUAUUCCCAUAGAUGAUCUCAUACAUUGCUGGUGGGCAGAGGGGUUCCUUGGUGAAUUCGACACAUACGAAAAAGCUUAUAACAGGGGAAUCACAAUAAUUGGGAGUCUAAAAAAUGCCUGCUUGCUAGAAGCCCAUGAGAUGAAUUGUGUGAAGAUGCAUGAUGUGGUUCAUGAUGUUGCUAAAUGGAUAGCUAAUUCCUCUAAUCUGGAUGAACACAUUUCUGUUUUUCAAGCUGGAAUUGGGUUGACAGAGAUAUCACAUACUACUAAAGUGUCAGCUUCUGUCAAGAGAAUAUCUUUCGCAAGCAACAAAAUUGAAUAUCUACCUGAUUGCUUCACGGUAUGUUCAAAGACAACAUCUUUACUUUUGCAAGACAAUAAAUCCCUUGUGAAAAUUCCCGAUAAAUUCUUUUUGUCAUUUCCAGUUCUAAGAGUUCUGAACCUGAGUUAUACUGGUAUUAGAGCACUGCCUUGUUCCAUCAACGAGUUACAUCAACUACAUGCUCUAAUACGACAAAAUUGCCGCAUGUUGAAAGAGUUACCAUCUAUUGGUAAUCUUUGCAAUUUGCAAGUGCUUGAUUGUGAUAAGACAUGGUUACGUUGCCUGCUGGAAGGAAUGGACAAGUUGACAAAUCUGAGGCUUUUAAAUAUGCCUACACAUGAUUUGAGGAGAAGCAUCGGCAAAGGAUUUUUCAUCAAAUUUUCUAGCAUUGAAAUAGUAGAUAUGAAGGGUAGCUGUCUUGGAGCAACUUCUUUUGAUGAGCUAUCAUCUCUACACAAUGUGACGUCUCUUUUUAUUAGUGUGGAUAGCUCAUCAAUUUUCAAUAGAGACCACACCUGGAUGGAAAGAUUGAAACGAUUUUGUAUUGAAGUUGGGGAUACUUCAAAUGCAAUAUCAAUCAACAAGUCAACAAAGAUGAUAAUUGUCUCCCAUUGUGAAACUUUCAGUAACGGAGAGCUCUCAGGCAUGUUGCAGUUUGCUUCAGAUUUGCACUUGGUAGAUUGCAUGGGUCUUAGUAAGUUGAUUGUGAACACGAAGAGUACUUUUAAUGGAUUAAAAUCACUACGCAUUUUCCAGUGUUGUUGUAAUUUUGGAGCAGUGGAAGAAGGAAUUAGUGGACAGAUUGACCCUCUUCCAAAUCUGGAAUAUCUCAGCUUCAUUUUUGUAGAUCAUUUAAAGAGUGUUUCUGAUUUCGGUCAUUUUCUGGGCCUAAGAUUUUCUAAAUUACGCCAUUUGCACAUAUCCUUUUGUCCAAGAUUAACAUGUCUUUUUAACGCGGUUGGUUCUGCACCCAAGCACUUGGAAGAUAUAGCUAUUAACCAAUGUGAGGAGCUCGUAGACUUGUUAGUGCUAUGCGGCGGCUCACUGGCCAACUCAGAAAUUCCAAGGGUCCGGAAGUUAUCUUUGCAAAGCUUGCCGAAAUUAGCAACUUUUGGGGAGGCACAGAGUAUGUGGGAACAUCUUGAGGAACUUGAGGUGGUGUAUUGCAAUGGAAUAAGGAAGUUGCCUCUCUCUAUUCAAACCUCCAACAACAUCAAACUAAUAAAAGGAGAAUCACAAUGGUGGAGCCAAUUAGAGUGGGAUGACGACAACUUCAAGUCAAAUUUAGAGCAUUGUUUCAAGGGAUGCUUCGAAUGGAGAUACAUUGGUAAUUGGUUGGCAAUAUGCCGGGAAAUCCCACAUUGGGGAGUGAAGCACUCCCUAACAAAGGCAACUCCGUAUCCAAGGGGAAUCGAACCUGAGACCUCUAGGUUAGGGAUGAUGCAGUAA